AUGAGCUCCCCUACAUCGAGGAAGGUUUCGAUACCUCAUACCGUGCGCACAGCCGCAGAGCCCCGGCAGAAUAGAUUGUUCCCUGUCCGACUAUCGCAUAUCGAACAGGCCAAUCCUACUGUCCGGCUCUUGCAGCUUAGUAUACCUCCUAGUGUACAAGACCCCGGAUCCCAGGAUCAAGUAGAGGAACCUCAAGAAGCUAUUACUGGGCAACCGGAGCCAUUCACAUUCUUUCCCGGGCAAUGGCUAGACGUCCAUAUACCGUCUGUCUCUAAUGCCGGGGGUUUCAGUAUUACUUCCACGCCUGCAGAUGCUCAAGUAUUCCCUUUGCUGGAACCAUCAGAUGAACUUGCUCCGGCGGACGAAAUUGUGGCUCCUCCUCUGGAUCCGCGGGGCCGCGAGCCCUACGUAGAGUUAGCUGUGCAGAAAGCCCCGUCAAACCCUGCUAGUGCAUGGCUCUGGCGACCCAAGGAAGAGAUCUUGGGCAAGGAACUCAGUAUCCGGGUUGGCGGCAGUUUCGUUUGGCCUCCAUCUGGUGUGAAGCUCGAAGAGAUUCGAAAUGUUGUCUUUGUUGCCGGCGGGGUGGGCAUAAAUCCCCUAAUCUCAAUGCUUUCCCAUUUGAACAAUAAUGAUGAAAGUGUUCAUCACCACCACCCAUACUUAAACAUCAACGUUCUCUACUCUUCCAAGCUUUUGGACACGGGAGCGUCAGAGUCGGCCCUUGACCAGAUCCUAUUUCUCCCACGCCUGCGCGAAAUUGUCCGCUCUCAAUCACAGUUCCAUCGCCUGCGUAUCACCCUCAAUCUUUUCCUUAGCAACCUGCAAGAUCAGUCCUCUCCACUCUUGGUUCAGCCUCCGAAAGACCUAACAACUCAUGCCCGCCGUAUCAACCAGGAUGAUCUUCGUAAAACGGUAUCAGGAACAAACACCAAAUUUUCCCCAAACGAAACAGUAUGCUACGUCUGUGGACCGCCUCAAAUGACAGACGAAGUCGUCAGCACCGUUACCAACCUCCUCGAUGGGCAAAAGGAUCGAGUCUUCUUCGAGAAAUGGUGGUGA